UUGGAUUUUGCUGAAAGAUCGUUACGGUUCUAGAAACUUCACGCGGACUGUAUUUCGUGUAGACUUUGUAAAAAAGGAUCAUUUAAAGUCGUUAUACAAGGAUGAGUGACGUUGGUAUUGCGAUGUUGGUGGUAGCCCUGAUAGUUGUGGCGGUUGUGUUGUUGGCCGUAUUAAUUCGUAUAUUCGGCGUCUACAGAAUAACUUCCUGUUUUGCUACGAGCGAGGAAAAGGCUGUGUUGACAAAGAACGAGCAAUACAAUGGAUACAUGGUUGGUUCCGAGUCAUCGGAGAUCACGGCGGACCGGGGGGCGGGCAAGUAUGUCGAGUACGACACGCUACAGACUGACCCCCGAUACGUGGACCUCGAGUCCCACUCGCCCCCCAGGGAGGAGAGCGCCCGGAGCAGCCCAGUAUCGAUAGGGACUGGAUCUAUGGCUUCCGACGCCGAAUUUGGUCACGGUAUAAAACGAGCAGAAUCCUGCGACAGCGUGGCAUCCGAUUCUUCCGUACUUGAAAUGCAGCCGGAUAUGCCAAAAUUCGGACAGCUCGAGUUUGCCCUCGAAUAUGACAGGGAAGUAUCCGAGCUGGUAGUUAGUGUCAUUCAGGCGAGGGACCUCACUGCAAACCAGUACACAGGCACCCUGGACACCUAUAUACGGGGAAUGAUCCAACCCGCCGAGGCUGAAUUCAAACUGCAGACCAAGAUCCAACGUAAUACCACAGAUCCGGUUUACAAGGAGAGGUUCCUGUUUAACAUUCCAUCAGAGACACUCGAAGAACGCAUUCUUCAAUUCCAGCUGUUUGCUAUCGACAAGUACCAACGCCAUAAAGUCAUCGGGGAGUCUGACCUGCGAAUCGGAGAUGUGGACCUCAGAAAUCCGAUCAAAAUGUGGCUUAAUCUUCGUGAUAUUGAUGACAAACCGACCGAGUUCGGCGAUAUAAUGUUUUCACUGAGCUAUCUCCCGACGGCGGAAAGGCUGACAAUCGUCAUCGUGAAAGCCAGGAACCUUAAAUGGAAUGCAGGAAAAGAUACAGGAGACCCGUUUGUUAAAGUUUACCUGUUGCAAAAUGGAAAGAAAGUUAACAAAAAGAAAACUACCGUGAAAAGGGGCGAGCAAAACCCGAUAUUCAAUGAAGCGAUGAUCUUCUCUGUUCCCUCGUCGGCCCUGCCAACGGUACAGUUGAGAAUAACAGUUGCCGAGUUAUUGCCAGACAACAAGACACCGUCUUUAGGUCACGUGAUCGUCGGUGCUAGUACAUCUGGUACGGAGGUUUCUCACUGGAAUCAAAUGAUGACGUCACUGCGAAAGCCAGUUGCAAUGUGGCAUUAUCUAAGAAAAUGAUGUUAUAGAUAAAUAUGUCAUAAUCAUAAUUUUACCAAAGUUUUAACCGCGAAUGCAAAGAGCAUCGAAUGAAUGUACGAAAUGCUCAUGAAGAUUUUGUAUCGAAAAUACUGGUUUUCCAAAGAAAUUCAAUCUCUACGUAUCUUCAAAAUCAUUAUUUCGUAUUUCGUCGUUCCAAUUAUGGUCGGGGAUUCACAGCAUGUUCAUUUGGCAGAUGAAUAUUUCUCUAGACUUCAAGACCUCGUUAUCAAAACACUUCCAGCGGAGUUAAAAGAAGUGAAAGUCAUCUUAUUUAUACGCUUCGGAAAUCGUCUGCAAUCUUCCAAUGGUUACCGUUCGUGGUUAUUUUCCUGAUUGUACAGUGGUGAAAGUGUUAGCCCUUGUUCAACAUAGUUGUAAUUUGUAGAUACAUCGCUGAUUGGGUGCAAUGGACAUGUUCCAUGAAUAGUUCGUGUAUCAAUUCUUCGAUAUUUUUGCCUAUUUUAUGUUUUUAUUGUUUGCUUUGAUAACUGCUAGCUUUUAAAAACAAUUUUAAAACACACAAAAAAACAUGUUAAUAACAAAAUUCAUUCAGAGAAUUUGGACACAUCCGUUGGCAUCUACAUUGUGUAUUUGACCUCAAUCACGAAGUCAAAUUCUAUUAUAUUUUGUACGUACAUUUUUGUCUUUUUUCUACAUGGAACUAAAAUUGUAAAAUGUAAAUAGAUCUGAAAAGUAAUCAAAAACGGACUGAUCCUGUUCAUCUUAAUUAUACAAAUGGGAAUUUCUCCAAACAUAUUUAGGUUUUCAUUAUUUGUAUAUACCUAUUUCGCGUUAAAUGCAUUAUCCGCAUCAGCAUAACACAACAAUAUUAUAAGUUAACAUCCAUUUAAAUUAAAAGGAUUUGUCAAAUUCAACCUAUUUGUUUGUCAAAUUAGGUUGUUGAAGUAAAUCCUGUUUCACCAGAUGCACACUAAGUCUAACACUGACAAAUAGCUAAACAGUCUAUUGUAUUCAUUUUUUAUUCUCUAGGGAGUCGCCGCUUUGUUGAUCUGUUCGGCCUUCCGUCCGUCACACCCUUGUCCGCAGAAUAAUUUUGAUAAAAAAAACUAGAUAUAUGGAUAAAUGGCCAUGAGUAAAGUGCAGUGCACAAGAACCAUAAUCCUAUCAUGCAUUUUAAUUAAGUCAUCUUCAUUUAACUUUUUAUCGCAAUUGAUGCUUGUCCGGACUAUACCUCAUGGGAUUAAAAUAAAACUUGGUUUAUAUAAUUAAAUGUGGCAAAGAGAGGAAGUGCAGUGCACAGUUACCAUAAUCCUACCAUGCAUAUAUUUGAAGUUAUCUCCACCUAACCAUUUUUACAUAAUUUGUAGUUGCGCACCCUUUUCCGGAAAAUAACUUCCAAACUUCUGAUGGGGUUGAAAUAAAACUUGUUUUAUAGAUAGAUGACAAUGAGUACAAGUGCAGUGCACAAUCAUGCAUAUUAUUUAAGUUACUUCCGUUACCAUUUUUUUCAUGAUUGGUGCUUGUCCGGGCCAUAUCUUGGAAAAUACUAAAUGGUUUAAAAUGGAAGCUCAAAUAUAGAUAGAUGGCAAUGAGAGAAAGUGUAGUGCACAAGAACCAUGAUUCUGCCCUGCAUAUAUUGAUGGGAUAGGAAUUGGGGUGAAGAUAUUCACGAAUGAAAGUGUCUCAUAAGCCCAACGGGCUGGCCCUUAACUAAGAGGGGUGACACUAUAAUAAACAAACACUUUACCUUUUUACAUUGAAGUUAUCUUCCCUAACAUAUGACAUAUUGGCCUUAUUUGAUAGUUUUCGAAAAUCGGAUUUUGUUUCAUUUCUUGAAAGUUAAUUCUCAAACCUAACCAUUUCUUUCUCCAUAUCUGCCAAUAUAUUUCAAACGUGUGUAUAAAAUGCUACAACCACUAACCUUUCACCAGCAAAAUGUAUUACAAUUUCUGCCAUUUUAUAGAAAAUAGGCACAUGGCGAGCAUCCAUCGAUUCCAGCGAUAUUCUUGUUUCCUUUAGAUGUGUUCAUAUGUUGUG